AUGGAGUAUAAAUUUAUUUGCGGUCGUCAUCAAUAUAAAGAAAAGGAACUAUAUGUAUUAGAGUGUUGUCAACUCAAGAAGGAUAAUGAAUAUUUAUUAUACUACUCUGAGUCUUCCUUUGUAAUCGUAUCUGGUAAUUCAAGUCUUCAAGAUCAUCAAGAAGCAUCUGAAGUUUUUAACUUUGACAGCUUUAAGGAUACAAAGAUUGAGAACAAUCCUAUUAUCGAUCUCAUACUUCAACAUAACCUAAUUCCUGAUAAGUUUGAUGCAAUUAUAAAUCAGAAUGAUCAUCAAUUUGAAAAACUAGCUCAUUCAUUAUCAAGGAAGAUAGCAGAAUGGUUUUUCAAGAUUUAUAAACAAUCAAAUUUUAAUUCUCACUAUUUUGAAAGGCCAGAAUUUCUGACAUCUAAGGAGGGGCAUUUGGCUGUGCAAAUUGCAUCUACUAUCACUUUAAGUACAACUAUGAAUUAUCUUGAUUAUCAAAAGGAGAAUAGAGAAAUCUGCAAAAUUAAGCCAGAUGGAACUAUAUAUUUUGUUACCUCUGAAAUGCAAUUUCUAAUUAGAUUCUUUGAAGAUCAGAAGCCGUACCUGCCUAACAUAACUAAGAAAUCACAAACUGAUGUAGAAAAGCUACAAAGAGAAAUUAAAUUAGUAUAUGAUUCUCUUUUGAAAGAUAUACAAAGCAAAUAUUCAGCUUGGAUUUCAAAAUAA